UAAAGAACUCUUUAUUAUUCUUUCCGAUUUCAUUGAAAAUCAAACCACCUUAAAUAUCGUUGGAUUAUCCUGAAUCAAGAGCGGUGAUCAAUCCUAUGGAAAUUCUUUUUCCUUUUGUAGAUCAGCCAGAUAAGCGGGUUGGCAAAUGAAAAAGAAAAGAGUAGGUGAGCCUAAGCCUUGGCAAUUUGGCUUGACAGAGUAGAAACAAAGACGGUGAGAGAUUACUCAUUCCAUGUAUUUGCCAGUCAGUCGUUACUUAACAUAUGUAUAUAUGUCUCUGUCUUUGUUUCUAUACUUGUAACAAUCACCUUAAUUUCUUUCCCCUGCCUUGCAUUUUGUAUUGUGUGGUAGGAAAACAAAUUCAUACUAUGAGUCUUUUUGGUCUUGGCAGCAGGUAUUUCUUUCCUUUUCCUCUUGUGGGGCACUUGAUUCUUAAUCCAUUAGUGUUUAUCUCUCAUUCCCAUUUCCAAUCUCUCUUAUUAUAACGAUUAACUUUAAAUGUUCUCAUGUUCUGUGUAAUGGCUAGUGAUGAAUUGAUGAUCAAUGAAAUGAAUGGUUCUUUUCUGUCACCAUUGUUGAAACUAGAUAUUUUAGGAAUUGCUAAUCAUCUUUUCGUUUUUAUUUAUGUUUUAUUGUUAAAUUUGGGAUUUGAUCUUUCUUUGUUUUCUUUUUGUUGGAAUCGGCUUACGUUAACUGAAGAAACCAGAAGACAUUUCGGCCCAAGAAGAAUGCUCCUUCAGGAAGUAAGGGUGCUCAACUUCAAAGGCAUAUUGAUGCUACUUUGGGUAGUGGGAACCUUAGGGAAGCUGUGCGAUUGCCUCCUGGAGAAGAUAUCAAUGAGUGGCUCGCUGUGAAUAGUAAGACACUCCGCAAAUUCCGUGGAUUUCUUCAAUCAAGUGAAUAUUUUAUAUGGCACUCUUACUGAAUUCUGCACGGCAGCCAACUGUCCAACGAUGACAGCAGGACCAAAAUACGAGUAUAGAUGGGCUGAUGGAGUUACCAUUAAGAAGCCAAUUGAGGUGUCUGCUCCAAAAUAUGUUGAAUAUCUAAUGGACUGGAUUGAGGCUCAGCUUGAUGAUGAGUUGAUUUUCCCUCAAAAGCUGGGGGCGCCAUUUCCUCCAAAUUUCCAAGAUGUUGUCAAGACAAUCUUUAAGCGAUUAUUCCGAGUAUACGCCCACAUCUAUCACUCACAUUUUCAGAAGAUUGUGAGCUUGAAGGAAGAAGCUCAUCUAAAUACUUGCUUCAAGCAUUUUGUUCUCUUUACAUGGGAAUUUCGCUUGAUAGACAAAGGGGAGCUUGCACCUCUAUACGACCUUGUUGAAUCUAUUCUGAAGCUAUAGUGCCCUGUGGAUCUCUUAUCAAUUUUUGUCUCUAGUUUGACUGUUUUGGAUAUAAAGUUUUCUCUGUGAGAUUCUGUCAACCCAUUAGAUUUUUUGUGGAAUUAAACGCUUCCUUUCUCUCACUCUUUUGCUGGUCUGUAUAUAUAUAAUUUCAAUUUCUAAUGAUGUUUUUCCUAUUGCCUUA